CUGUGGCAGAAGAACCGGUGCUGCGGCACCGCCGCCGCCUCCGCCAUCUUCGCCCGCCGUCACUCCUCCGGGGGGGGCCACAGAGCGCGGCCCAGAGCGGCCCCGCGCUUCCGCUCAGCUCGUCUGCUCCGCUGCCAUCGGGGAGAGCGAGGACGGGAGGAUAGAGCGGCCCCGCGGGGCUGGGGGCGUGCAGUGCGCCCCCUGCUGUAGGUCCUCCCAAGGAGGGCCGGCGGCAGCGGCGGCGGCGGAAGUGGAGGAAGCGGAAAGGAGUAGAAAGCGGAAGUGGCCGUUGCCAUGGCGGCGGUUGCGGCCUAGGCCGGGCCUGGGGGAGCACUUCGGGGAGAUCGUGGAGAAAGUCGGGAAUUCCCUGCUCCGGACGGGCCCGCGGCCCCUGCGGCUCCUGGUGGGCGACACGGGGCUGCUCCCGGAUCAGGUGAAGAAGGCCCUUUGUGUCCUGCUCCAGCACGACCUGGUGCGGUACGAGGUGCAGCCCCGCGGAUCCGUGGAAUACGAGGCGCGGGGCGAGCGGAUCCUGCGGAUCCUGCGCUACCCCCGCUACAUCUACACGGCCAAGACGCUCUACGGGGACCCCGGGGAGCUGCUGGUGGAGGAGCUGCUGCUCCACGGCCACCUCUCCAUGAGCUGCGCCGUGGCCAGGGUGGCCGAUCGCCUCACCGAGACC